AUGGGCAAGCUCCAGCUCAAAGGCUCGAGCAAAAUUGUUGCCGACUACUUUGAAUUUGCCAUCAAUACCAUCCUUUUCCAGCGAGGCAUCUAUCCGCAAGAAGAUUUCAUUUCGGUCCGCAAGUACGGCCUCUCGGUGGUAGUGUCUGAUGAUGACGAAGUCAAGCAAUACAUUGCCAAGAUCAUGCACCAGCUUAAACGAUGGGUGUACUCAAAAAAGAUGAGCAAGCUCGUGGUGGCAAUCAUCCUGAAAUCUCUGGGUGAGACUCACGAGCGGUGGGAGUUUGACCUCGACGUGACGAGCGACGAUGACGAUGUCGACGUCAGACCAAUCAGCGAAGUCCAGCGAGAUAUACAAGCUAUCGUUCGCCAGAUCACUUCAAGUGUCAGUUUCCUCCCCGUGCUAGAUAAUGAUGACUACACAUUCAACGUUCUCACCUACACGGCACAAAAUAUCCCCGUUCCCCUCGACUGGGCCGAUGCCAAGGACCCUGCCGUUGACGGCAAGGCCGAGAAUGUCGACUUUUGUGGAUUUGAUACCAACCUCCAUCACGUAGGAACAAAAGUGGUGUAUAAACUUCGCGAUUAG